GGCAAGGGGUGCCAAGGGCCCCAAAACGGGGGCAGGAAUGGUGCUGCUGGCAAGGGGGGUGACUCUGAAAAUGAAGACAGCGAUGAGAAUGAGGAGGAGGAGGAAGAGGAGGAGGAAGAAGAAGAAGAAGUAGCUGAGAAUGAGAACGGCAUCAACGGCACGAGCACCAACACCACGGAGGGGACAGAUGGAGCUCACGGCAACGGCACCACGGCUGAGGAGGAAGAGGAGGAAGAAGAAGAAGAAGAGGAAGAGGAGGAGGAAGAGGAGGAGGAAACUGAAGCCACCACUGUCGCCAGCACCACCGGUGAAGAAGGGCUGUCCCAGGCGACCACGGUGGCAGAUGGGGGACCCACGGAUGCCACCACCAUUGCAGAGCAGUGGGAGUAUGAGGUGACAGCUGGGGGCCACGCCCGGGGGGACGAGGGCACCACCGAUGGCAGCUAUGGGGAGCAGGACGAGUAUGCCCGCGGGGACAGCUACCGGGCUUACGAGGACGAGUACGGCUACUACAAGGGGCAUGGCUACGACGUGUAUGGCCAGGAUUACUACUACAGCCAGUGA